CCCCACACCGCAGCCAGUUGCGACAUUGCUCCAAGCCAAGCUCCAACUACUCCCUUCUCCUCCUCCUACACAAAUCAUCUACUUGUCCAGCCAGCUCUUGCAGCCUCUGUCUACCACCGCCAGCGCCUACCCGCUCCACCACCCACUGCCACUCGCACGACCCGACCACGACCGCCGUCACCGUCACCGUCGAGCCAAGCAAGCCACAACAAACAAGUCCCCUGCCCGCUCCCACCCAUCGCCCCACCACCCUCCGUCCUCGCAAGUCUUGACGACUCGCCGACUACCACCCACCCCGCACACACCUCACCUGUAACGUACAGCCGCGCUGUCUAACCCCCUUCUCCCAGUCACCUAGCUGUGUAUAUCCCCAACACCACCACCACCACCAGAACCAAAAUGCCCAACCCCAUCUUCCCGGCCCUCCUCUUCUCCUUUGCGGCCAUGGUACUGCUUUUGUUCGCCUCCGUCUCCCCGCCAGUCUGGGACAAGAUCUCCUUCCUCGACGUCCGCACCCCAGCCGGCGAGACCGUGUUCGGAGUCUUCGGCAUGUGCAUCAAGCACGGGCAGUGCAGUCACCGCAGCGUGGGCUAUGCGCUGUCUGCUGCUGGCGCGGCAAACGUCAACCUCAACUCGACCGUCCUCCACAACCUGACGUACACGCUCAUCCUGCACCCCAUCGCGGGCUUCCUGGCCUUCCUGUCCCUCGUGUUCGGCCUGCUCGGCAUCGCCAUCGCGAACCGCAUCCUCACGAUCCUGAUGAGCGUCUUUGCCUUCCUCGGCGCGUUCAUCGGCCUCGUCGUCUUCGUCAUUGACAUGGUGCUCUGGAACGUGCUCAAGAACCGCCUGCACGACGCCGACAUUUCGGCCAAGCUCGGCAACGCCAACUGGCUCACCGUUGCGGCCGUCUUUGCCCUCUUCCUCUCGACAUGCACGGCCAUGCUUGGCGCAUUCGGCCGCUUCGCCACGGGCCGAGCCGCUGGAGAGAAGUACUAGAUAUGAUCGCGAAGCAACCCCCACACCACCUCCCCCCACGCCCAGACACGAAUCCUGAACGUAAACGUCCACCACCACCACCACCUCCCAGGCCUAUAUUCCUUGGCCGCGGCGCCUCUACACGACCGCGCAGCUUCCAGGCGAUUCAUAUCAGUAGUAUGCUAUCAACGAUGCAUUAAUGUAAUAGAG